AUGAGCAAGAGUUUACCAUUGACUUCAAGAGCCAAGACCACUGCUCUAAAGCAGCCAAAAGAGUUGUUUACAUACACAAGAGAUAUUGAUGGAGAAUACCAUUACAAUGCCAAUCAAUCGCAUGAACAUCUCCCGUAUUACUAUUUGCCCGAUAGCAAAGUUGAUACUCGAAUAGAUUUGCAGCUGGGCUUUAAAAGCUUCAAGAAAAUACCUGAAGAGGCCAACAUGUCUGAUUUUGAACCACUACUUGAUGCAAUAACGCAAUAUGAACGUGAUGAAGUGCUGGGGGGUAAAAUUGAAGGAGAUGUGAUUACAUUUAGAGGAAUCAUGACGAGAUUAAUGUCUAUACCGUAUAAUUUACAAGAUGCGUUGGAUUUGGUGAUUGUACCAUUUGAUGGUCAAUUAUUUAUAAAUUUCAACAAUGAAGUUGAAUUGAAACGACGCAAAGAACAAGAUGAUAGAUUGAGGCAAACUUCCACCAAGGAGAAAUAUGAGUAUGUCAAGAAGUGUGAAUACAGUGGAUACAAAUUUGAGACCGUUGCCACCAUACCUGAGCCUUGGAAGGAUGUACUGAGGAAGUAUGUCGAGAGUCGCCACAAGAAACCAGUCAAUAAUUAUGAACAAUUUUUAUCAGUCAUUAAAACAGGAAUCGGUCCAGUUAAAUUAAUUCUAGCUGGUGAAGUAGAUUGCUGUUGGGAUUUCAUACCGGAAAAAGCAUCCGCUUCAUUGCUGCAUUAUGUCGAAUUGAAAACGAGCAAAGUAAUUGAUUCAAACUCCCAAAUUGUCAAUUUUGAAAAGAAAUUAUUCAAAACGUGGUGUCAAUGUUUCCUUAUGGGGGUUUCCAAAGUCAUUUAUGGAUUCAGAGAUGAUUCAUUUAUUUUACGCAAUGUCGAAAUUUAUCAAACAGAAGAGAUCCCAUUGUUGAUUAAAGAUAAUCCAUUGAACAAUUUGAAGCAAAACCAAGCGCAGAAAAUCAACUGUACUAGUGCUUUGAAAUGGUAUGGAGCUGUUGUUGAAUGGUUGAAUGAGGUGAUUGAUAAAAAUGAUGAACUGGUUAGUUAUAAUUUGAAAUAUGAUUUACUGAAGCGGAGUCUAAGUUUGAGUAAAACUAGUAAAGAAAUUGAUGAGAAAUUACGGAAUGGAGGCUUGUUGACUCAGGAGUUCAAGAAUUGGAGACAAGAGUUGAAGAAUCAAUGA